AUGGAAGAAGGGCGGUGGAGAAGUCUGCUGCUCAUGGCAUGGGCCAUCGCUGGUUUCCUGCUUCUGUCCUCCCCGGAGGUCGGCAGCGUCGCCGACCUCCCCUACUCUGGAUUGCUGUGCGAAGCGAAGUGCGGUACGUGCCCCGUCGUCUGUUCCUCAUCGCCGCCACCCCCUCCGCCCGAUGGCAUACACCAGCUGCCGCCUCCGCCGCCGCCGCCUCCGAAAAAAGGCCAACCAAAGUCGUCGUCGCCUCCGCCGCCGCCGGCGGCUCUGGCCGAGGGGCAACGAGGGAGCCAGAGCUAUCCGUACUACUACUUCUACACAUCCUCGGGGGGGCUGCAAGCGCGCCGAUCGUCUGCCAUCACCGAGUGCCUGAUGCCUCUGGUGUUAUCCGUCAUGGUAGUGCAUCUCCGUUGA